AAUAAAUUAAAUUAAAUGAUAACUUCUCCUUAAGAGAUGCGAAUAUUAUCUAAGCGAUUCUUUGGUAAUAAGAUUAUUGAUUCAAUUGUACUUGAAGAAAUGAAGGAACAUUAUUAAAAUAAAGAUAGAAUAGCAAAUAUAAUUUAGAGAUGUUUUCCUGAAAGUUACAAGUUAUAUUCAGAUUUAGGUAAGUGAUGAUAUUUUAUAAAAGAUCCUUAAUUGCUUAGUAUAUUCAUUUAGUAUUUUUUGAAUUAACUUAAUUUUGUAAUUGAGAAAAAGUAUAUAUUUCAAAGAGCAACAUGUUUAUUGGAAUUGAGUGUCCAUUUAUUCAAUGUGUCUUGGGAAAAAAGAUGGAAUAGAGAAAAAUCCUUUGAAGAAUUCAGAUAAAUAAUUGUUAGACAUUCAUUAUAUAGGUUAUUAUUGAGAUUAAUAAAUACAGGCCACCACAUAGUGUAUAUAUAUUUAGUUUAGAGAAUUUGAAAGAAAUUUCAUUACAUUUUUUAUCAACUUUCUUUAGAUUUUAUAGAGCUUAUUUCUUCACAUUCACUCCUUGGGUUGAUAUUGUAGUAACAACAUAUUAAAAACAUUAAAUUAAAAAAGAUGUCAAAGAUCUUGAAUUAGAAAAAUUAAGAUAAGAAGCAGAAUAAUAUAAUGAUUAGAUUGAUCCAGAAAUGAUGGAAUAAUUAAUGAGUGGCAAUUCCAUAUUUUAGAUUCCAGAAAAAAAGAAAAGAGAAAUGUUAGAAUAAUAAUAAUAGAAAGAAAAACAAGAAAGAAUUGAUAGAGUAUUAAAAAAGAGAUUAGAAGAAUUGUAAUAAGUAUUUGAUUAAAAAAUCAAAGAAUAAGAUGAACAUUUUAUAAAACUAGCUGAAGAUUUAAAAAAUCCUAAAAAAAAGUGA